AUGGAUCUGAGUUCCUUUUAUUGGUAUGGGCUUCUGAAACAGUUAGCUUUGCAACAUGCCAGGAAACCUUGUUCAACAUAUAAAUUAAAGGAGAUCACCGGCAGUGGCAUUUUUGCAGCUGAUGCAGAAAAUGCUGCAGAAGAUUCUGAGGCCAACCCCACUCCUAGUAACAAAACUGGUUUGCGUAUGUACCAGCAAGUGGUUGCUGGAAUCAGUCACAUCUCAUUUGGUGAAGAAGAAACUGUUUCUCCAAAGAAGCCUACCACUUUGCCAGAGGUAGCAAAGCAACGGGAGUUGAGUGGCAAUCUAGAAAGUGAGUCUGAGGCAAAGUUGAAGAAGCGAAUUUCUGACGCCAAGUGUAAGGAGAUUAGUGGGCAUGACAUCUUUGCCCCACCACCUGAAAUUCAACCCCGGCCAUUGGCUCCAAGAGCUUUGGCUUUAAGAGAAAGCAUAAAAAUUGGAGAAUCAGCACAUUCCAGUGGCAAUGACAUGGCUAGUGGGGGGCCUGUGAUCAAGACAGCAAAGAAGAUCCCAAACCAGAAGUUUGCAGAGCUAACUGGAAAUGACAUUUUCAAGGGGGAUGCCAAUCCAACAUCGGCAGAAAGGUCAUUGAGUUCAGCAAAGCUGCGAGAAAUGAGUGGUAAUGACAUUUUUGCAGAUGGGAAGGUAGAACACCGGGACUACUUUGGUGGGGUCCGCAAGCCUCCAGGUGGAAGCAGCAGCAUUGCUUUGGUGUAA